AUGAAUAAGAAAAUUCUUACUCAUGUGAAGCAAAGAUUAGAAAUUAAUGAUCAAGUAGGGAUUGGGGUGUCUAGGAAUUAUAACUCAAUAGUUGUUGAAGCUAGGAGUUAUGAGUCAUUAACAUUUGAUGAGCGAGAUAUGAGGAAUUGCAUUGACACAGCUAGAAGAUUGAGGCUUGGAGAAGGAGAUGGCAAUGCACUUCAAAAAUAUUUUUUGAGGAUGCAAGCACAAAAUUCGAGUUUCUAUUAUAUGAUUGAUGUUGAUACUGACUUUCGCAUUAGAAACUUGUUUUGGGCAGAUGUAAUGAGUCGGAUGGCUUAUGAAGAAUUUGGAGAUGUUGUUUCAUUUGACACAACUUAUCUCACUAACAAAUAUGAUAUGCCAUUUGCUCCGUUUGUAGGAGUUAACCACCAUGGACAGUCGAUUUUGUUUGGUUGUGGGUUGUUAUCUAGUGAAGACACUGAUACAUUUGUUUGA